CUCCCCCUGACCAAACCGGCCGUCCGUGUGCGCUACCGUCGGCCAAGGCCCAAGGGCUCUGCUCUCGUCUCACAACAAUGGCGACGACGGCGGCAUACAGAGCUCUUGCCAAAAUCUUGGUGAUCCUCGCCGUGUCCGUUAGUGGUGCUUGGUCCAAGUCGUUCAACAUCACCAACAACUGCGGGUACACGGUGUGGCCUGGGGUUUUGUCCGGCGCCGGUUCGGCGCCGCUGGAAAGCACGGGCUUCCAGCUCGCGCCUGGCCAGUCACAGACCCUGUCGGCGCCGGCGGGAUGGUCAGGGAAGCUCUGGGGCCGGACACUCUGCUCCACUGACAGCACCGGCAAGUUCACUUGCGUGACCGGCGACUGCGGCUCAGGGCGCCAGGACUGCGCGGGCGGCAACGCGGCGCCACCGGCGACGCUCGCGGAGUUCACACUGGACGGCAGCGGCGGCAUGGACUUCUACGACGUGAGCCUUGUGGACGGGUACAACCUCCCCGUGCUGGUAGCACCGCAGGGCGCAGCCCCGGGCGGCAACUGCGCGCCCACGGGGUGCGAGGUGGACCUCAACGGCGCGUGCCCGGCCGACCUCCGGGUGACGUCCGCCGCCGCGCCCGCCGGCGUGGCGUGCAAGAGCGCGUGCGAGGCGUUCGGGUCGGCUCAGUACUGCUGCAGCGGCGAGUACGGGAACCCCAGCACGUGCAAGCCGUCGGCGUACUCACAGUUCUUCAAGAACGCUUGCCCGCGGGCCUACAGCUACGCCUACGACGAUGCCACCUCCACCUUCACCUGCGCUGGUGGCGACACCACCUACACCAUCAGCUUCUGCCCCAGCACGACCAGUGUGAAGUCCUCCAGCCCCAACUCGCAGGCACCGGGAGACCUCCCGCUCAUCAACAGGACGAUGACGUACACCGGCGGUGACCAGGCCGGUGCUGCUACGGCUGCGCGGGCACCGUCGCGCCUCGUCGUCCUUCUCGGCGCCAUCUUGCUUGUGCUGGCAGGAGUCUUCUCUUGAGGACGUACAGAACAGAAACAAAGGUUUAGGCGCCCAGCAUCCAGUAGUGUAGAACAUCAGCUAGAUAGGUACGAAAUUAGCCAGAAUUAUUCUUUGUAGAUUUUUGGAUGAAAGGCUAUUGACCGGCUUUAUUGGAAUGCGUUACAGCUGGGAUUACCAGCUAAUUACCUUAAAGCACAGACCGCCUAACGGCGCAAUAUCAAGUUCA